CAGUAUAGGCGGAAUUGUCAGCUGGUGGUGUAUAGAAAUUGUUGGUUGAGCAAAGGUGCGAAUUGUGCAGAAGUGAGCCAAUUAAGGAAAAUUUUGGAACUUUAAAAGUGAUUUUUUGAUGUUAAAAACACAAAUAAACAUUUGGAUUCCUAAAAAAGGUUAUGGCCCAUCUGAAAGGAGUCGAGUGAGUGCUAUAAAGUAUAAAAAAAAAACUAUUUGAACUGAUGUGUGGCUGAAUUGGUGGUAAUUUCACAAGCGAUUCUACGAUAAAAUUGUGCCAAAGAGACGGUAAUUAUUAGCGUUACAGUAAAAAUCAUCAAUUGUUCAAUUUCAGCCUUGAAGAUAUUUAAAGAAUUCAUUAAGACGGCGAAGCAUAUUUGAGGGGGCACGUCCUGAGAAAUUGGUUGCAAGCGCUGUUGUUUUGUCGGGACACCAACACAACGCACCGAUUUCUCAUUGCAUAGUGCAUACGCAGCCUGCUACAUACAUACAUACAUACAUAAGUAGAUACUUUCAAGCAAACGGGCGUGCAGCCAGGCAGCGUGCUUGUUGUUUGCUGGCUCCAACUCUCUCUCUCUCUCUCUCAGCAGCAUACCGACGAAACGAACACUUGGCAGCCAUAAGCUCCCAUACGAAUUGCAUACGUCGCAUCCUUGACAUUCGCUGUAGAGUAGAGCAAGAAGCUAAAUAAGGACGUAAAAUGUCAUCCCCCAGCGCUGGCAAACGUCGCAUGGACAAUGACGUCAUCAAACUCAUCGAAUCCAAGCACGAAGUCACCAUAUUGGGUGGCCUCAAUGAAUUCCAUGUAAAAUUCUUCGGACCGCAUGGGACACCGUACGAGGGUGGCGUAUGGAAGGUGCGUGUCUACCUGCCCGACAAUUAUCCAUUCAAAUCGCCAAGCAUAGGGUUCGUGAAUAAAAUCUACCAUCCGAACAUCGACGAAUCGUCUGGCACUGUGUGCUUGGACGUGAUCAAUCAGGCAUGGACAGCGCUGUAUGAUCUCUCAAAUAUUUUCGAAUCAUUUCUACCACAAUUGCUGACAUAUCCGAAUCCAGUGGAUCCGCUGAAUCGUGACGCAGCGGCGUUGUACUUGCACGAACCGGAGGAAUAUCAUCGCAAAGUGGCUGACUAUGUGCAACGCUAUGCCACCGAGGAGGCGUUGCGUGCGGCGCAACAAGAACGCGAGAGCAGCGACAGCGAGUCUAGCAUGUCGGACUAUAGUGAAGACGAGGCCCGAGAUAUGGAGUUAUAAUAUCGGUUUAUGGUUAAGCUAAUUAUAUGAAUUUGAAUUACAUUUAAAUACACAAAUACAUAUAGUAUAUAUAUACGCUCACACACACGCAUACUACCUACUACGUAAACUUAAACCAACAACUUACAUAGUACAUACGAGUACAUACAUACAUACAUGCAUACUACAAUCCUACCUAAUAAAUAAAAACAAGCAAAAAAAGAAUGCAAAGAAAAAAAAAUAUUUAAAAAAAAUGGGAUUAUGAAAAUGAGAAUAAGAUAUUAAAAGAGUGUAAAACGAGAGAGCAGAAAAAAUCUAAGCGUAGCUUGCGUACAUACAUAUGUAUGUAUAUGUAUAAAAA